UCUCUUCUUAAAGACACAUCAAGAUUUUGCUGGCUUCUCACACUACCUCGUUCCCAUACUCUUUCUUCUAUCAGAACACAACAGUAUAAGACUUGAUCGUCAUGAUGAUGAAGAUGCUGCUUUUGUAACGAGAUAAACAACACGCUUUGCUUUGGUUAGUAACUAGUUUCAUGAAUAAUAUGCAAGGCUUCAAGACAGCACAGCCAACUUCACAACUCUAUUGCCACUCUUCCUUCUUGCUUCGGGGAAACGACAUCAACCGAAACGCAACGCGCUUCUCUGAUCUCGGGGACCUUCACCAUUCCUCUGCUGUUUUUCAACAUGAAGAUGCUGUUGAUUUAAGCUCAAGUUCUAUAUUUAGUGUGAAAUCAAGCAACGUUGUUGGUGGUAGUACCAUGCAGUAUGGGACAUUGAGCUCGAAUGUUGGGACUGCAGAGAUUGGUUCCGGUGGGGGAGGGUGCAUGGAUACAGGGCAGCAGAUGAUGUACCACAAGGGAGUGGCUAUGGUAGCCUUGCCUUUGGGGAAUGGUCAUGUUGAAAAUUGGGCUGAUUCAGGCUUAGCAGAUAAUAGCCAACAGACUGAUGAUACUUCCACAGAUAUUGACACUGAUGUUAAAAUCCAAUGCAACAGAGUUAAGAAUGGGGCACAAAUGGUUGUGCACUCCAAGGAUCAGACAAAGGACAAAGUUGAAGAUCAAAAGACCCUCCGUAGGCUGGCUCAGAAUCGAGAGGCUGCAAGGAAGAGUAGGCUUAGGAAAAAGGCAUAUGUGCAGCAGUUGGAAAACAGCCGAGUCAAGCUUGUGCAAUUAGAGCAAGAACUUCAACGAGCACGACAGCAGGGUAUAUUUAUUGCCAAUCAAGGUGAUCAAGGUCAUUUGGCUGUUGGAAAUGGUGCCUUGGCGUUUGACAUAGACUAUGCUCACUGGGUUGAUGAGCAUCAACGUAUGCUCAAUGAUCUAAGAACAGCUGUAAAUUCUCAGAUCAGUGAUAAUGAAUUACAUCUUCUAGUUGAUGGUGUCAUUGCACAUUACAAUGAGUUAUUUAGGUUAAAGAGCAUAGGGGCAAAGGCUGAUGUAUUUCACAUACUUAAUGGGAUGUGGAAAACGCCUGUCGAACGAUGGUUUAUGUGGCUUGGUGGAUUUCGUUCAUCUGAACUUCUCAAGAUCAUUAAGAACCACCUUGAGCCAUUAACAGAUCAGCAGUUGAUGGGCAUUUGUAAUCUGCAACAAUCUUCCCAGCAGGCUGAGGAUGCUUUGACUCAAGGCAUGGAAGCAUUGCAACAAUCUCUUGUGGAAGCACUUUCCUCCACCUCGCUAGGACCCACUGGUAGUGCAAAUGUUGCUGAUUACAUGGGCCAAAUGGCAAUUGCAAUGGGAAAGCUUUCUGAUCUGGAGAGUUUCCUUCAUCAGGCUGACGUCUUGAAGCACCAAACUCUUCAACAGUUGCAGCGAAUUCUGACAACACGACAAACAGCUCGAGCCCUCCUUGUCAGAAAUGACUACAUUUCAAGACUAAGAGCACUUAGUUCAUUAUGGUUGGCUCGUCCUAGAGAGUAGGGACAUACCUUAAUAUCUAUUAACAUGCUCUAGUUCAUCCUGCUGCAGGACUUCUUGCUCUAGUUCAUCCUGCUGCAGGACUUCUUGCUCUAGUUCAUCCUGCUGCAGGACUUCCUAUGUUGGCACCAAACUAAUUGGCCAUUUCUGUUCCAAUAGGAACUCAGUAAUGAGUUGCUGCCACCUUCAAAUAUAGUGUUGAUAAUAAUUGAUUACACUGUGAACAAACCUUGUUAAUGGUAGCUACUAAUCUAAUUUUCUUUUAUGGCAUGAAAAUUUCUGUACAAGAUUUUAUCAGUUGGGAUGUUCUGUAUAUUGUUGGCAUAUUUAUGUGGUUAUUGUUGUUCAA